UGAAAACAUAAUAUAAAUUCAUAUAAUUCCAUCGUCAACAAAAAAAAAAAAAGGAUUAAAUUGAAUAGGUGAAUAAUCGAUGAACAGGUAAUUAAUCGAUUAUUGAACAUUUCAAUUGACUUUAAGCAAUGCAGCACAUUACAAAACGGAAACGUCAUUGUGUCUCAGUUACAAGAUGGCGAACGUUCGGGAUAGUGAUACAUCUUUGUGGCUCCACAAUAAACUCGGUACUUCGAACGAUUCUUGGACAACCGGGUCAAUUUGUACUCAAUUAAACGCGGAAGUUUUGAAGAAUAUAAAGGAUUGUUUUCCAGAUUUGCAAACACAAGUGAAACUUAAAUUAUUGCUAAGUUUCUUUCAUAUCCCGCGCAGAAAUGUUGAAGAGUGGAGAAAUGAGCUUGAAGAAAUUAUUGAAGUGGCAGCGGUGGACUCUGAUCUGUGGGUGGCAAUGCUUGCGGAGGUUCUCAAGACAUUUCCAUCGCAAGGCACGCUCAAUACAGAGAUAGCAGAGUUUGACGAGACCAGGCCAGUCUUCAGUGACAUGAUAGGAGAGCUGAGAAGAGCUCUGGCCAAAAACUCUGACCUUGGACUGUUGCCUCUUGAGUGCCUCUAUUUAAAUAAGAAUGCUUUAGUGUCUGUGGUUGGCCAACAGCCGAACGCAGUGAAACAUUUCACAUUGAAACGCAAACCGAAGUCAGUGGCCUUACGUAGUGAGUUACUCGCGAAGGCUACCGAAGCGCAGGCCAAUCAGAAGAAGGCGCAGGCGCCGACCGUGCCUGUACGCAGCCGUGGAAUGCCUAGAAAGAUGACUGACACGACGCCCUUGAAAGGCCUCCCGUCCCGCUGGGCGGGCAGGGCAGGUGGAGCACCCCGGCCCACGGGCGCUCCGCCCCGUCAGCCGCCGCGCGCCGGGAUCAAGCUGCUGGACAUUACGGAACAACCCGCCACGCAUGCGCAGAUCAAGAAGAGGAGGAAGCUGGAAAUGGAGGAGGGUGCCAAAAAGCCAGUACCAGCCGCGCCCCCCUCGCCCCCGCCGCCAGAUUACGCGAAAGGGCUGUUCCCGGCCAAGACAGAAGACGCUGCCACACCGGCCGCAGCAGAGUCGGGUGCAGGCGGCUCAGCUCCGGGCGCAGGGGCGGAGGGCGCAGCGCCGGGAACCGAGUCCGGCCCGCGUACCCCCGCCCCUACCCCUGCGUCCGUCCCUGCGCCCGCCGCUCAGCCUCGCGCCAGCCCUGUGCUCGUGCAGGGCACCGGAGCAAAGCCCAUCGUGUUGGGUCAGCAGCCGAAGUUGCUGAUAGCGGGGCAGGCGGGAGGCAAGCCUUUACUAUUGGCUGCCCAAAACUUGCUGAAUACCUCGGCUGUCAUUCUACAGCCUGGCGGGAAAGCUGUGCUGCUGCAGAAUAUCAAACCGGUCACACCUGGUGUUGUUCAAACAGGCGUCCCAGUUCCAGCGUUACAACCGCAGACAAUCGCUCAUCCGGUACAGAUGGCAGCACAGCCAGUGCAGCAGGCUCAGCAGAAUCCUCAGCCAGUUCAACAACCGGUGCAGCAGCCAGUCCAACAACCUGUUCAGCAACCGGUAACUCAACCGGUUCAGCAACCAGUCCAGCAAGCGGCUCAGACGCCGGUUCAACAAAACGCUCAACAGCAACCGCUUUUGCCACGAAGGGGAUUGUCGCUUACGCGCGAACAAAUGUUGGAAGCACAAGACAUGUUCCGAAACGCGAACCGCGUCACCCGACCGGAGAAGGCGCUCAUUCUCGGAUUCAUGGCUGGAUCAAGGGAUAAUCCUUGUCCGAACCUAGGCAACAUUGUCACGAUAAAACUAUCGGAGAACAUCGAGAACGUACUGCAAUCUGACGACACAUACCUUACCAUGUUGUCUGAGAUGCAUUUCCAAAUGAACUACAACAACGGUCAAUGGACGAGGCUCAAGAAAUACAGACAUAUAGACGGAAUGGUACCGCAGAAGAUACCACCGGGCUCCACAGUGAUAUCGGCCAACAACCAACAACCAGUUGUUUCAAUAGCCAACCAAAGUGUCAGUUAAACAGUCUCAGUGUUGUGCUGUGGUUUUGUGUACUCUCGUUUAGUGUAAGUGAAAUAAGUGAGCAAGAGAGAAAAUGUGGAUUCGAUCAUUGUGUUCGGUAAGGCACAGUCUUAUGUUGACGGAAUUGAUAAUUUAAUAAUUGCUGUCCAGUUGUUUAUAUUGUCCUCAAAAUUAUAAAAAAAGCUUUUGUGUAAUCGAAUAUGAUAUGUUUUAUGAUAAAAAAGCUGUCUAAAUAUCUAUAAUUGGAACUUCAUAUUAUCGUUAUGUGUAAAUAUUAGUAGGAACUACAAUGCUCCUACACUAUUAAGUGGGCUUAAAUCAUCGGUUAAUUUCGAUUUUUUGUAUAUAAUGCAUAAAACAUUUCGAAUCGUAUCUUACCUACCCUAGCAAAUAUCCUAUAAUUAUUUAUUAUUCAACAAGAUCCAGUCAUACAAUGAAGACAUCGUCAUGCGAAUUGCAUUAUAAAUAUCGCUUUUGUUUAUUGCUUGUUCAAUAUUUAAGCUUUUUCAUUUUGGACUGAAUUUGCAAGGGACCAAAAAUGUUUUGUGUUGCAUGAUUAUUAACCAUUGAAUACAAGUUAUCUGAUUAUGUAAAUCUGUGCUGGAAUUUUUUGUAUUUUUUGCCAGGUUCUAAGAAUAAUGUAGUAAAAGUUUUAAUACACUAACCUACGAAAUCUGUGUUCUUUGUGAAUUAUAGAAAAUAUUCAGUAAAAAAAUGUAAGCAGAGAUGUAUUAGGAGAUAUGAUAGGAAGAGUGAAUAAAGGGUUAGGUUAAGUGAGAGUAUACACCAAAACUUCUCAGAAAAAGUUCACAUAGAGAUUGUGUUCUAUGCUAAAUAGAGAGAUUCUUACCAUGCUUAAAACUAUAUAAAUUCGGACUUUUCUCUAAUUAUGUGCAUUAUUUAUCAUGAUAUAUAUCUAUAAAAUGGAUCUGAACACCGAUUUUUUAUAUUGGCCAUUGUCAUUCAUUUUGAAAGAGCUAUUGUUUUACUUUUUUAUUCUUCAUUAUCCAUGUGAUAAAGAGAGAAUUAUAAAAUAAGAUAGAAGAAAAAAAAUUUUGAUGUUAAUAUACAAAAGUCCAGUUCCAGUGUAGCCACUUGUUUCCAAACAAUGCUAUGAAGUUAAUUGUUAUAUAUUCAGCUUGGCAAAAGCAAGUAGAGAAAUUACAAGACAUUUCCAACUGAAUCUCCAACAAAGUUAUCUUUGCAGGAAUGUUCGGUUUGUUGAUGACAGCAUUUUAUGACAAAUGUUCAUAAAAAAUUGCAAUUGAGAACCCCAGAUCUUAUUCAAAGUCAAUUAAUUUCACAGUCGCAAUUAUUAAUUCCUUACAUACACUAGGCAUAUAGAACCAGCUCAAAUCAUGUGCAUGAAUGUUUCUAUGAGAUACGAAAUCACAGGCAUCUACAUUAAAAAUGUAAUUCUUUAGAUUUUUAUAGAAAUAUUUGUAAAAAUUAAAGGUCUGCUGCAACAAUGAUGAACUCCAAUAAUAAGUGAAGCUAAAAUUUCUGUUUGAGAUUAUAAAAAUCAUUGAUUGAUUCAUUGUUUAGAAGAGGUUAUUUUUUCCUGUAGGUCCAACUAACUUAAUUGCUUUUUCUAUAGUUUUGCUUUGUUGAUAUUUUCUAAUGGUUUGCUUAAUAAGCAUAAUCUUGUAUUAUUACAUGUCGGGCUGGCGUCAGAUCAUAGCAACAGCUAUAGCAAUAAAGUUAGGCGGUAGCAGGUCUUCUUCGGUUUGAUUGAGUGAUGGACACCAUCCUUCAAAUAGUAAAACGAUUUAAUUUUCAGCGUGCUUUGGUAGUCCACAUUGAUUUUGUUAUCGUGAAGUAAGUUUUUUUAUGAUUAAUUAUUAUUCUUAGUAGGUAUGAUCUCACAGCAGGAGCCGUCGAAUGGUAACUUUCGAUUUGUCAAUGUCUUCUAGUGCCAAAAGUUUUCAUGAAUUCGAAAAUGUGUCCUACAAAUUGUGUUUUAACGGCAACACUACACUGGUGCUGCAAAGUUGCCAGUGCACAUUUGUAGGUAAUGUGAGAGAUAUUAAACAUAGAAUUUUAUCCUAAGGCGACAUAUAAGCAAGCAAGCUGCAAGCUACGCCUCAUCUAAGAGUCGACUUUACCACAGCUGCAAAGUCUUUAAUUUACCUCUAAGAAACUGUAGUCAAACUAAAAAUAAAUUCAUCAAAACUUCGUUAGUUAAUAUAAAAACAAGAGUGUAUAAUAAUAAAUCUAUAAUAAUGGUCCUUUUUGCAAUUAAUUAUAAUUUUUAAAGGACAUAAAAUAAAGCCUUACUUAGUUUUAAGUAAUCAUACCGUAUACCUUGUCAUAUUUAUCAGUUUUUUUUAAAGAUGAUGAUUCAGUAAUGAUUUAAAUGUAUUACUGUGGAGGUAUUAAUGCACUUAAAUGUAUGAAUACUUAUACUCUUCAUGUCUGUCGGAGGUGAAGUUGUGUCAUUAUUAAAAUUGCUGCAGAGCAGGAUUUUGAUAAUAAAUAAUGCAUAUGAUUGUCUCUCAAAGUCGAUUGUAUGUAUUUUAAUUAAAUUGUAUUUUAUUACAUUAAUUAACAUUAAAGGAGUAUGGUAACACAUUUUAAACUUAAAAUAAUUUUAUAGAUUUUUUUGUAUCAGUGUACUCAUAUAUUUGAACUACACAAGUAUGUCUACAAUUCCCUUCAUAAAUGAAAUGAAAUCUCUGCUUCGCCUUCUAAACAGUAAGUCGGGAUAAAACGAUACUACUGAGAUAUUGGUACUAUUACUCGAUACGGCAUCUGUCGUAAAAUAUCGAUAGUUAAUUAGCAUCGAUACUUACUAAUAUCAAUAAUUUUUGUACAGUAAGUAAUCUACUUACUAUGACAAACAACAACUAAGUAAAUAAAAAUUCAGUAAUGAGUAUUGAUAUAAAUAAAAAAAUAUAUAAAAUAAAGUAAGUUCUUGUAGCACUCUCGAAAAAUAUCAAUUUUUAAAAGUGUUUGUCUGUUCUAAAAGAUUUUUGGAUGUAACGAUUUUUGCGCCAGCUUUGGAAAAGAGUUUUUCACAGAAAACAGAGAGACAAAUAGUAGAGUUUUUCACAGAAAACAGACUUUUGAGUUAGCACACCACCGCUUCUGGCCAGCAGCAAGUUGUUUGUGAUAUUGGUUUACCGAUGCAAAUACAUACCUACUUUUGACCAAUACUUUCUUAAUACUUAGUUUCAAAGUAUCGAUACAAAAAGUAUAGUAUUGUACGGAAAGUAUCCAGUAAUGACUUGUAUUUACUCGUAUCGUUUCAUCCCUGAGAAGAAGUCCUAUUAUUCCAUAAUACUGUCUGUCAUAUAACUGCAGUCAUAAUAACUAUCAACAUUUUUCACACACUCAAAGAAAUACUGAUUCCAUUCAGGCAAAAGCUUAUGUUAGUUAACGCUGUUUAUAGUAUUUUAUUUACAUGCAAAUAGCAUUGGAGAGUCAACCACACCUUACCGAAUAGUAACAGGGGUAAAAAUGGGUAUUGUAGUAUACAAAGAAGUGUCAACACAAGCCUGUAGUUGAGCACAGUUUGGCCAAUAAUUUAUAAUUGGUCCUAAUUACUAAUUGGUCAGUGGUGUCAAUUCUGGCAUGAUUCUGUAAAGCUAAACUUAAAUUUGACAACAGCCUUUCCUUUUCAUUCUGUAUAAAGAAUGACAGAAUGGUCUCUACAAUUUGUAGAUUUAGGAUAGGUCAUGCCACUACCCCAGUUCACUUGGCUAGGUUAAAAAUACGUGACAGCCCCACAUGUGAUUGUGGAACCGAGGAUGGUAAAGGGGAUCAUCUUUUCUUUAACUGCCCCAAAUUAAACAUCUCUCUCUAUGACAUUUUACCUCCCACUAUUCCUCGUCCUAUAAGCAUGAAACUCCUACUAUGUUUAUGUGAUUACUCAACCCUCAAGCUCUUGGCCAAAUUUAUUUCCCAUAACAAACUAAGAUUGAAACAAAGCUCCUCGCUUUACUUGUUUUAUGUUUGUGUUGUCCUGCUUGUGACGCUUUUCUUUACAGGUAAAAGUGCUUAUAAAAUAGGUAACCAAAAUUCUGAUUGUUAACUGUCAUUCCCUUACGUGUAAUGGCUAAUCACUUGACAUUGGCGGAGCUGUGCUAAGUCACAACGCAAGUCAUCAUAAAAGAAGAAGGAGAAGAAAGAAUGACAGGGAAACACUGUUGUCAAAUUUAAGUUUAGCUUUAGAGAAUCAUGCCAGAAUCGGUACCAGAAUUUCACUGAGCAUGCGACUUGCCAGUAGAAAUAACGUGACAUCCGUUUGAUGUGAAACAUGUGCCUUUGUAACAUAAGCCAAGUGUUAAUGCAAUAUGCCCAAAACCCAUAUGUGUAGUCGUUGAAAUAGUAUUUGUAUUCACCACAGAAUUAUGUCUUAAUCGUAUUUAUUAACAUUUAUUGUGUAAAGAUUUUUCAUAAAUAGCUUGUGUUUAAUACUACUUGUCUCCUCAUUCGGAGACGUCAAAUUUAAUGUUUCAUUAGUCACAUGUCCCAUUCUAUUGUGAUGACAAUGCUUCAACUGAAAUGAACGACGAAAGUGUACCGACGUCUUUGAGUGCGGGUCGUUAGAAUUUUAGGCAUUUAUGCAUUUGCUAUUUUAAAUAAUUUCUUAAUUAAGAAAUAUAUUUAUUAUUAAGUUAGAACAAAAUAGGAACAGAGGCCUAAGCAUGAGGUUUUUACAGCUCCGUAAUUUAUUUAUUUCCGAUUUAUUUUAAACCGUGUUUGAAAAUGUACAAUUUUGCAAAGAUAAUGGCCACCCUGUCAUAAGUAACGUCAUAUUUUUAGUGUGUGGCAGCUUAUAACAUCAACUCAAUCACUAUGGCAAAUGUCAAGCAGGCCAGUCGUGCAUGAUAUUCUUGAAAUCGUGGUGAAAUUAUUGGUCGGAGUGAUUUCGCGAAAUGGGACGGAAGUGUUUAACAGAAAGUUGGGAAAGCGCGCGCUAUUUGUUUUGAUUUUAGAACAAUGUUCAAAUGGCUUAUUCCUUUUGUAGUAGGUUUUAUUUCUUUUUUUACUAAUAUAAGGUGAGGUUUCAAAUGUUACACAUCAUACGCGACUACUGUAAGGCUCGCUCGUUUUUUUACCAAUUUAUGAUUAAUUCUUCUUGAAAUAGAAUACCCACAAAUACCUAUUACCUGACAGAAUAAUUAUCACUGCUUUAGUGACCAAUUGAAUAGAAUAUAAACUUGCCAUUUGCCAAUCAAUAAUGAUAUUAUUUUAUAAUAAUUAUAAAAAAAAACGGAUGUAGAUAAUUUCUAAUUUUUUGUCAAACAAAAAAAUUAAGUUUUCUACAUAAUCAUCAUAAAUAUUUGGAGUCUGCCGGAGACUGACUACCACCCUCCAUACCGUCUCCUUUGAUGAUUACGAUACUAUACGGAACUGUCAAAAACUCGUGCUGGGGUCUCUGGUCAUGUUCACAAUGAGGAUCAUUACUAGCUCCACAAAUCAACUCAAAAUCAACAGUAUAAUGAACUAAUAAGCUUUUUAAUUAAUAUACUUUUUAAAUCAUCGAAAUCGGUUCAUUCGUUGCGAUUUUAUAACUAAUUUUAUGGUAGCCAAUAUUCACCGGCGGCCGAAACGAGUGACGUCACAGAGCUCGAUCGUGGUUUUCACUCCAGUCGGACUUCAGUAGCGUGGUGACGUCACAUCCACCACGCGGCCAGCCGAAAACUCGUUUAGUAAUUUGGUCAUAACUUCGUCAAUAUUUGUUGUAGAACAAAAAUUUAAACACUGUAUUUUAUGGAAUCCUUGGCUCUACAAAUAUGCAUACUCAACUAAAAUCGGUAAGAAUUCUCAUUAUGAAAUUAUAUUUCUUCUAACACACAGUCACAUCAAAGGGUAACCUCAACUAUUUCUUAAACUUCAAUACAGUACAGAACAUCGUGAAAUGUUUACCAAACUUUAUAUGUUUGAUUGGUAUAUCUCAUCGGUUCUAAGACAAAAUAACGCUUGUGUAAUAAUAAUGAAUAGUGAAGGCUUCCAAUUUGUAUUGAAAGUUACGUAAUUAAGUGUUUUUUGCUGAAGAACGGUCGACGGCGAGGCGACGAGUGUUAAAUAGUUUAGUUUUUAUCACGUUAAUUAGAUUUUACGUUGUUGUACGAUGUGUUUUUCUAUAGAUAUUUAAUAUUCACCGUGUAUAUAGUAGAUAGUACAAAAAUAUUAAAAGAAAAAAUAUUAAAAAGCUAUAAUGACUUUGAUUUUUUGUUAAUUUUGUACGGACGACACGUCACUAUUGAUUUUGAAUGUUAAACCUAA